UUUACAAACAAAAAAUAUGGACAGUGAAGAAACCGAUGGCGUGAGAUCCUAUGUCCUUGGUUUAUGUUCAGCCAUUGGCGGCAUGGAAGAAUUAGUCGAGGCCGAUGGGUCUGUUGGACAAGUGUACUGUCCUGGUGACGAAGCAUUAGCGUGCCUUCGAGAUUUGAAAAAAGCGAUUCGUGUCGACAAUCAAAACAGUGAAAAGACAGUAUUGAAAGUGCUUGUGGAAUAUAAUGUCAUUGUAACAGAUAUCAUCCCUUUGAUACUGUCGUUUCAAAAAAAUCGUAAUGAAGUGUCGUUUCGUUUCAUUCUUGCUUGUGUGGAGUUACUUGUUCCCAUGACUUGGCCAGUUGAAAAGAGUCUUAAUGUAGACGACGAACAAGAGGAGGAGGAUCCCAACGUUAUGCACUGUUAUCGAAAGUACAAGCUGGAUUUAUUAACUGAGGGUGUGUUUGAAACUAUCCUGGCUAUGGCAAUGAGAUCAUUGCGUAUUCCUCACCGGGAUAGGUCAGUUCUGGAUCAUACAACCAUUCGUCUAUCACUCUAUCUGUUUCGUAAUUUGACAGCUAUCCCAGACCUGAAUACAGUUCAAUCUGCCACCAUGGAGCAAAUUCGUAUGGCACAUAUGCAAGAAAAAUUGAUGAUCCGUUUUUAUGAGUCUGAUGUGAUUGAGUUUUUAAUGACAAUUGCUUCUAACAGUAAAGUACAAUCAAGUGUGGCCGAAUUAAAUUUACUCGUAUUGGAAUGUCUCUAUAAUUUCGUCAAUUACAUCGAUCCUAAAAGUGUUUACUCUUAUCUUAUUACUUAUGGAAAGUUAAACAGAGGUCUUACUGAAAAGGCAGCCGUGUUGAACGAUUUACUUUCACGAGAGAAUGAGAAAAAAAGACAAAAGAAUGCGUAUGCACCUUCAAGACACAACCGCUUCGGUGGAACAUACAUAUUAGAUUGGGAUGGAAAAAUGAGAGUGACACACAAACAAGUGGGUGGUUUUGCUGAUCCAGCUGUGUUGCUAGAAGGAGAGAAAAAGGAAACAAGAUCAGGUGUUAAACGUAAAUUAGAAGAUAAAGGUGCUUUACGAAAGGUUUAUCAAGACGGUCUAGCUUUCAAGUAUCUUAAAUUCACUGCUCAGUCCUUUAUUAAGUCCUGCUUUAAUGCUUUUUAUGCAAGCAUCCUGAAAGAUAUGCAACGCGAGGACGAUCAUAUUAUGGAUAAAGAUUAUAUUCGCUACUACUCUACUCUGAGGUGGUUUUUGGAAUACCAUUCUUAUGAAUAUACUGCCACUUUAAAACGUAAAGAGAAUCCUGAUUAUACCAAAAGCGAUCCAAAGGACUAUGAUCACAUGGAUUUCGAUUUAACUGUUGUUGCUGGCACAUUGGAUUUGAAAACAGUCUUAUUUUGUCUACGAUUUCUCCGAUCUAGAUUGGAUAAGAAGGAGUGGUUCGACAUACAAAUGGGCGCUGAUUGCUUUAGACAAAUGUUGCUUUCCGUUGGUAUGAUGGUAACUUCUACAGAAGAAGAGUAUAGAAACACUGCUGAACAUAUUCAAAGUAAUGUGUAUUACGAACAACAGCAUUUGGAUCUUUUAGUUGAAAUCGUGACAUGUUACAAAUCCCAAUCGACCGGUUAUCUCAAGACGGUGAUCUUAUUAAACCAUGUCUUGCUAAAACUUCUAGACAGGUACCAACAGGGUAAAAAAGUAUUGUUCACAAGAAGAAAGCCAAAGUUAUCAAGAGCUAAAAAGAACAAAAUUGGCGAGGAAGAAAGCUUGGUUGUAGCAGAGGAGGAGAGCGAAGAUGAGGAAGAAAAGAGAGAUCGCCAGGCUGCCUACAAGGACCAGAUCUUUAAAUUCAGUGCUUUUGAACAGAGAUAUGUUUCCACAGGUGUCAUUCAUGCAUAUUGCUCUCUUUUAGAAGGAUAUAAGGAUUUAGAACCCAAGUUUAUAGCUUAUAUCACUAAUAUGUUUCACAGAAUUAUGGUGAAGAGACGUGCCGAAUUCUUGCUUUGGAAGCUGCCUGUUUUGGAUCUUUUCAAUAGAAUUUUAUCUGAUGCACAUCGCAUGCGCCAAACACCAGAACUCGACAUGCUGACUGAAUUUAUAGAAUAUUGUAUAUAUCAAUUCUUUAAAGCUGCUAAAUUAUACCCUCUCUUAUUUGUUGAAGCAUUAAUCCCAACCGCCAAACCGGACAGGACAAUGUGGGAGUUACCUGAUCCAGCCAGAGUACAAGACGAACAAGCUUAUUUAGACGAUGUUAAUUAUAUGCCUGUCGUCACUGACACUGCCAACACAACUCAACAAAGAUCAAAAUCGCCUGAAGAUAAUAAUAUUAUUGAUGAAGGAAUGGUAGACUAUUUGUUCAGUGCAUUUGAUCGUAAAAAACAAGAAGAAGAGGCAAACAUAUCCGAACAUGAUGAGGAAGCUACUCAAAGCCGUCUAAGUGAUGACGACGAUGAUAUCGUUCCAAUGAGUAGCAUAUCAUACAGUGACAGUUUCAAUAUGCAGAUUGAAACAAAUACAGAAGAAGUGGAUAAACUCUUAUUAAGUAUGGGUAUUGGUGCAAAUUAAUAAUGUUAUUUAAGGCCAUUAAAAAUUGUAAAUAUUAUAAUAAUAAUAAAAAAA